AUGUCGACUGUCAAACAAUCCGAAAAGGUCGCAACGACACCCGUCGAGGAGAAAGAGAAGUCCUCGCUCGAAGGCCGUCCGGGGACCGGUUCGGUCGUCGGUAGCGAGAGGUCUCUGGGCUAUGGAGGACUUUCUGGCGGUAGGAAGCCAUUGCCGAUCGCAUGGCGCGGGGUGAUGAUAAUCUUGACCUGUCUUUGUGCUUUUGGGAACCAUUGGUCGAACGCUCUCAUUGUUGCACUCAAGACUACGAUCAUCAGCAACCUCAAGAUUAACAACUCCGAGUUCGCCACUCUGGUCGCUGUCACCAAUCUCAUGAACACCUUCCUCUGCAUUGCGCUCGGCUACUGCAUCGACAAAUACGGUGGUGCCUCCCUCUCCGUCGUUCUUGCGGCCUUCCAUCUUGCAGGCUCCAUCGUCAUGGCCGGCGCAGCGACCAACGGACUCAACAGCUACCCGCUCCUCAUCGUCGGCAAAGUCCUCGCCGCUGUCGGAGACGGCUCCCUGGAUAACGCGCAGCACAGGAUCUUUUCGACAUACUUCGCACCUGGAAAGGGCUUCGCAUUUUCGAUUGGUGCGAUUUGGUCCGUCGCCAACCUCGCCCAAUUUGCCGGACAGUCCACCGCCAACAUUAUCUCCACCUCCCUCGGCACCUACGCCUGGACGCUCUGGAUCUCGUCCAUCAUCGCCCUCUUCUCCCUCCUCUGCGCCGUCUCGCUCGUCCUCCUCGACCGCUACCUCCGCGACAAGUACGAGGUGACGGACCACACGUCCGGCAAGCGACACGUGAAGAGCACGAACGAGAAUAUCAGCAUGAAGGCGGGCGUUUUCAAGUUGAAGGCGAUCAGGAGUUUGCCGAUGAGCUUUUGGUUGGUCGUGGCGUUCGCGGUGUUCGAGAAUGCGGGCGUGCAGAGUUUUGUGUCGAUCUCGACACAAUUUGCACAACAGAGGUUGAAGAAGGGAGCCGUUAUCGGUGGAUGGGUCUCUAGUUUCUACCUCCUCCUUCCGGCAGGAUUGACACCCUUCCUCGGCAUCUUCAUCGACAUGUACGGUCACCGUGUUUCUUUCCUGCUCGCGUCUGGUGUCACAUUCCUCAUCUCGAUGUUGCUCCUCAAGUUCUCGCACACUGUGCCUACGUUCGUGGCUGCGUAUGUGUUCUACGCUCUGUCCCAGGCUGUAACCCCCGCGCCACAAGUCGAGAUUGUCCGCUCUAUCAUUCCUGAUCCCGCGUACUUUGCCACAGGAUUCGCUAUCAAAAAAUCCGUCGUUCAAGCUUCCAUCGUCAUCAUCACCACCGCCGCUGGCAGACUCCAAGACCUCUCCCCGACCAACUCCCUCGACCCCGCCGUCUCCCUCUGGCUCGCCUACGCCUUCGUCUCCGUCUUCUUCUCCGGCCUCAUGGUCUUCCUCUCGCACUUCACCAACCUCCUCCCGGCCUCGACGCUCAGCCAGAUCACGCCCGCCUACAAGAAGGCGGAGGUCGACAGGAUGUGGAGUAAGGGCAUGGCGAACGCUUCGAGCCUGAGGGGCGAAGUGAUCGGCGAGGACGGAGACGGCGAUGAGUUGAGUUGGGAGGAGAAGGAGAAGGUGUUGAAGGCGCCGAAGAGGGCGAGCAAGAUGUUGGUCUCUGUUGUGGCACCUGCGGUAGGGAUGGGGAUUAUCUUGCUCGGAUGGGUCAUGUUUGGGCUGGGCGUUUCUUGGGGCGUACACGGUUCUGUGAUCGCGGGGACGGUCGGAGAGUGAAAUGAUAGCAUUCGAUGUCCCACUACCGUCGUCCCAGUUCAGGUCGGGCGGAGUCCCGAUCUUUUUUUCGAUUGGCUGAUUUCUGGUCGGCUGUGGCGGAAUGCUGUGUGGUAGACGCUAUAUCCUUUUGGCAACUGCUUUUCCAUCGU